CUGGUCCAGGCCAGUGCAUGGAGCCCUUAGGGCAGAGUGGCAGGCUGCUGACAAGGUCCUGCCUCCCUCCUCAGGCCACCUAAGGGACAGUGACCUCUCCCCUCUGGGAAUCCUCUCUCAUCCUAAGAAAUCCCUGCCUCAGAGUGUGUUUUUGCCCCCUCUGGUGGCCCUGGUAGGGGCUGUGUCCCUGAAAGAGGCAGCAGAGGGGGCAGCUAGUGAUGCAGAAGGUAGCGGAUCCUGGAGAGCUGGAGGAGAGACCGGAAUAAAGAAGAUAACGGGGGCUGACAUAAAGAAGUCUGAGAUGUGAAGUAGCGGAGAAGGGGGAGCACAAAGGAGAUACAUGCCUCCACUGAAAGAGAGAGGAGAAUGGAAGUUGUGUAGUGGACUUAAGCGAACCCAUCCUGGCUCCGAGAUGAUCACCACAACAAGAAGAACUGAAGAUGGCCAUAGCAUUUUUGCCCUAGGAAGUCAGUGAUGAGAAGACUGGGGUGCAGAUGAACAAAAGGCCUGAUCUAAGACCCACUCCCCUGUUGGUAGCUAAAUCAGGAAUAAAACUCAAGAGGACUUGCAUCUGUUUCUAAGGACCUAACUAUGCAACCUUCUCUCCAGAUGGGGCCCCAUACUCAACUUCACCCUGUGGGUAUGACCACCUGUUCUCUUCCAUGGUACCUACCUCUCUUCCUCCUCCUCCUUGUUCUCCCUUGGAUCCAAGGAGCCUUGAAAGACUCUCCUCAACUGUCCUGCUUCUAUAACUCAAAAGCCAACAUCUCCUGCACCUGGAAGCCAGAACCUACCCUGAGGGUUGAGCAAUGCCAUCUCUAUGGCACGUCUAAACGGCAACACAGACCGGUGAACCGAAGCUGUGAGCUUCUCCAUGUGGCACCAACACUCUGGACUUGUGACUUGAUCUUAGGAGAAAUCGAUGGUCAGCCUCUGACAGUUGUUGACGUCCUGGUCAUGAAGGUGAGCUGUCUGAUUGGGGGACAGAGGAUGGUGAUGCAAGAGGAAUUCAGACCCUUUGAGAAGAUUCGACUGAUGGCCCUCAGUGACCUCUGCCUAAUCCAGCAAGAAGAACAUGCCACCAACGUGUCCUGGGCAGUCCCCUUAUGUUCACACUACCUGGAGGAUAACCUGGUGUUCGAGGCUAGAUAUAAGGUUCAGGGAAGCUCCUGGGAGAAAGCCACCAUGCUGCCUAUAAACCAAAACCAGAGGUGGGUCUACAUUGAAAAACUCUCUCCUGGCACAAAAUAUGAGUUCCAGGUCCGAGGCAAACCAGAAAUAAAGGGGGCUUCAGCAUUCUGGAGUCCCUGGAGCCAGACCCUCAUCUUCCAGACAAAACCACAAGUGUCCACCUUGAAGUGGCUGAUCCACUUAAUUAUGUGUCUAUGUGGCAUUGCCAGCAUCUUCCUCGUGGUCCUGUUGGUGCCCAAGUGGUACUCCCAGAAAUGGCUGAAGAAGGUUUUAAAAUGUCACAUUCCAGACCCUUCCAAAUUCUUUUCCUCAUUAAGCACAGAGCAUGGAGGAGAUUUCCAGAAGUGGCUUUCUUCUCCUUUUCCCAUCGCCUCCUUCACCACCAGCAUUUUGGCCCCAGAAAUCUCUCCACUGGAGGUGAUGCAGAAGGAAGACCCAAACUUGGGCUUGUUGCUCUCCAAGGAGCUGGUUCCAGCCUACAGAUCCCCAGAGACCAGUGGUCACUCUCUCUCCAGCUGCUUCACCAACCAGGGUUACUUUUUCUUCCACCUUCCUGAUGCUCUGGAGGUUGAGUCCUGCCAGGUAUAUUUCACCUAUUCGCCUUUCACUGAGGAAGAGGAAGAGAACAGAGAGGAAGGGGAGCAGGGCUCCCUGGUGCCCCAGCUGCCUCCUGGAGGGCCUGAGGAUGACUCAUACUGCACAUUUCCACCUGGAGAUGACAUGAUCCUCUUCUCCCCCAGGGUCUUCCAGGGCCCUGGGAAUAACCUGGGACCCCAAAGCAUCUCUUUCUCAGGAAAGGAGUCCAAGAAGGAGACUUCACCUCCUGAAGAGGACACAGCUGCUACCACAUCCUGUGACCCCAGUUUCUCAAGAUCCCAGAAUUCUUUGGAUGCAAGGCCUGAAUCAACCCAGGAUGGGAGCCUUCCUUUCGGCACUGGAUUGGGGCCUGCUUCUCCCUUUCCCUGGAAUGUUCCCCCAACAACAGACCAGACUCAUACUGUCUCUUCUUCCUACCCAGUCCUGAACACUGGUGCCUACCUCUCGCUGGGAGAACUUCAGAACCAAUACCACACCCAUUCAGCCUAAGCAGAAAGACUUCUCCAAGAGAGGAUAGAGAGGAAAGGCAUGGAAGAUCCCCAAAGUUCAGGAUAACUCCUGGACAAUGGAGCAAAAAGAGCUAUUUACAAGCAAAAAACUGGAUUUGGCUUCAGAGGGAUAAGCUUCACACCUUGACUUUAUUCCUUACAACCUCCAUGACUUUGAACAAAUCACUCUAACUUUGUGAGCAUCAGUUUUCUCAUCUGUAAAAAUGAAGACCAUAUGAAGCAAUAGCAAUAAUAGACUUGAUAAAAAAAAAAAAGGUAAGCUUGGAAAUUAUAUUACUCU